GAGAAACCCCAUCCUGAACUUCUCUGCUCAGCCUUUGCCUCUGCCCCCGAAGCCGCCUCUGCCAGGCCCCGGGCAGUACGAGAUCGUGGACUACACGGGACCCCGCAAGCACUUCAUCUCCAGUGCGUCUUUCGUGUCCAACACCAGCCGGUGGACAGCGGGGCCGUCCCAGCCAGGCCUGCCCGGCCCAGCCACGUACAAGCCGGAAUUCCCUGGCAAACAGUCGUUUCUCUACAAUGAGGACAACAAAUGGAUCCCAGUGUUGUAGGCUCCGCAUUCGAGCUCAAGGAGACCCCCAGCCACCCCCCCAGGCACCCCAGAGGGUCAGCAGGGAUUGUCCAUCUCCUGUGUGUGUGACAGCUGAUGGCACAGGGUGGCCUGCCCUCUCCCUUCAUCCCUGGCCUGCUGUUGCAACCGGGCUGCCAUGCUUGUCCUGAGCCGCCCCCUGGAGCAUGGAGGCCCCCGAAGCAUUGAGCCCCUUGGAUUCCUGAGCAGAAGCGAGGGGUGAACAGAGCCCCCACCCUCGGCCAUUUCACCCCUCGCGCCCGUUCAGGCCGGCUCAGUCUCCAGCAGCUCGCGGAACUCCGCCUCCAAGAGGAGGCCGCUGACAGCCGAUGCCCCAUCCCGAAGCCUGAUGCUGAGCCAGGGCCCUGCGGCCGUGGCCCUGGCACCCUCCCAUCCUUUGGCCUUUGACCUCCACAUCCCUCCCGAAACUCUAGGGUCCAGGAAGGCCCAGAGACCCAGUGCCAGGGACCUGGAGGGGUUGCCUGGCCCUUGCCCCCAGCCCAGGCAUCGUGUCUCACCUCAGGAGAGCAUGGCAGCAUCGCUGUGGUCUUGUGAGCUCAUCACCUGCCCUCAGGGGAGGCCAACCCAUCCGUUUAUCGGCUCUGUGCCCAAGGGGCAGGCGCAGGCGGGACCCUCCGGGGGCAGAGUCGCAGGCACAGUGGAUCUGAGGGGUGCCUGUAGGUCCUUUCACCCUGCUUUCCCCUUUCCUGGCCAUCUCUGUCUCCCUCACCUCCUACUCAAGUUGAAUAUGACCUUUACUGAACCUUUUCAAGCCUGUCAAGUCAGUCCCCCUUGGCAAGAAAAAGGGAUUCUCAAGGAACCCAUAGGAGCUAGAGUGAACCACACGCCCCUCCUUCCCUAGCCACCCCGUGGCUUUGACCUUCCUAAGUGGAAGCCUCCUACACCUCCCUGCGUCCCACCACUUGCCCUUGACUCUCUCCUUAGACUUUGCUUCGUGACUUUUAGCUCAGAGCUGGUCACUGAUGGACUCUCCUUUCGGGGAAGGGCUACUGAGGAAGAGGGCAGAAGGAGGAUGGAAUAGCGUGUCCAUUUAAACCGAGUUCUCAUUUCUCACAAAACCUGGCCUUGCUGUAAACCUCAGGCUCCUGGCAAGUGCCCCCACUGCUCUGGAUGAGCAGGAGGCAGCCGGGAGUGUAGCCCCAGGAGCGUCCAGAAUCUGAACCUAAAGGCGGGCACCUUGUGCUGCGUCCGCUCUGACCCUAGCUUCUCCUGGGGGUCAAGCUGGAGCGGAAUUUGGAGGCUCAAGGUCAAGCACUUCCGGGGCUGGGUGGGCAAGGCAGGGGGUAAAACAGGUGAGGCGAGAGGAGGUCCGGGAGCUGAGGCCGCUGUCCAUCUAAAGGCCUGCUACCUAUCUCCAGAUCUGCAGAUUCUUCAGGAGAACCUGGGAAAUCUGAAACUUCUCGAUUGGAAAUGUGAACAACCUUAUUUCAACUAAAAUUUUUUUAUUCGGGCUAAAGGAAACUCUUCUGCCAGUCAUCAUUUGUCCACUUGGGCACUAGGAAUUCUGAAAGACCCCUUCAAGGCUGACAUUGAAGUCACACCUUUCUUUGACUCUUGACAAUAUGGCCAGACCUGAAGGCCUUGACUUUUAGGUCCCUCUGACCCCAGGGGACCUUAGCUGGUCCCUGGGCUGGAAGCAACCAGCCCUGGGGUCCCUGCAGGCCGAGGCUGGUGGGACUGCAUAGAAAAGAAGAUAGGCUGCUCCUCUCAGGGACACCUGGGCUGUGUACCGGAUGAGGAGUGUCUCUGUAGAAACGCCUCCCAGUGGAUCAGGACAGUGGACACUCUGGGAGGAGGACGGCAGGGCCACUGUCAGGGCUGCUCUUGGCCAGGCAGAAUCGGCGUUCCACAGAAGACAGGGCUGGAGCUGAGACUCUGAGCUCUGAGGGUGUGUCUGGGCGGUAGCCAGCCUCUCUGAAGAUGUCGUAGGCUGCUCACAGCUCCAUCCUGCCCCGAGGUCCUCAGGCCCCAGCUGUAUGGUAGGAUCACUUCGGGAGCCGUUCGAGAGUCAUACCACCUAGGCCCGAGCCUCACAGUUCUGAUUUAACAGACUUGAGGUAGGGUUUGGGCUGUGGUAUCUGUGUAAAAGUUCUUGGUGUGAUUACAGAGAGUCUAGUUAGGGUUAGGAUACACUGAUAUUUUAAUAAAGUAUUUUCCAAAUUUUAA